GGAAGGGGGGAAGAGGAGAGGAGGAGGAGGAGAGAAGAAGGAUUUGUUCCAUGUGAUUCAUAAGGUGCCGGCGGGGGAUAGCCCAUAUGUUCGAGCCAAGCACCUCCAGUAGACACCAUUAAUUCGAGCCUGCAAUGAGAAUAGCAUUUGCAAGUGAUGCUUUGUGAUCUAUAACCUAUCAGCACUCUAUUAGUUUUCCAGUUAUAAUUGCUGAAACUGGAAAUCCUCACUAAUGGGAGAAUACACAAUCAACAGCUUGUGGAGAAGGAUCCAGAGACAGCGAUCGUAUGGUUUUGGAAGGCAAUCAAUGCUGGGGACCGAGUGGACAGUGCACUGAAGGACAUGGCAGUGGUGAUGAAGCAGCAGGACCGGGCAGAGGAAGCCGUAGAAGCCAUCAAAUCCUUCAGGCACCUCUGCUCUAAGCAGGCACAGGAAUCCCUGGACAAUCUCCUCAUCGACCUUUACAAGAAAUGUGGAAGGGUAGAUGAGCAGAUUGAGCUUCUGAAGCAAAAGCUGCAGAUGAUACACCACGGUGAAGCCUUCAAUGGGAAGACAACCAAGACGGCACGCUCCCAUGGCAAGAAAUUCCAGGUCUCCAUCCAGCAAGAAACCUCACGCAUCCUGGUGGCAGGCCUAUGGGAAUCUACACUUUGCCAUGGCAAUCUGGGUUGGGCGUACAUGCAGAAGAACAAUUAUGAUGCAGCCGAGGUGGUAUACCGCAAAGCUCAAACGAUCGAGCCUGAUGCUAACAAGGCCUGCAAUCUCGGCCUCUGCCUCAUCAAAAAUGGGCAGUUCGACGAGGCCCGGGCAGUGCUUGAGGAAGUCCUGCACCGGAGAUUCUUAGGCUCCGAUGAAAGCAAGAUAAUUAGCCGGGCAGAAGAGUUGCUGCGUGAGAUCGAGCUGCAGCCGCCGGCCGUUUCUCCAUUGGAGAUUGGAGAGGAGAUCAUGGAGAGACUGGAUCUUGUGAUGAACGAUUGGGCCCCAUUCAAGUCCAAGAGGUUGCCAAUAUUUGAGGAGAUUUCCACUUGGAGAGACCAAAUAACUUGCUGAUUCUUUAGCUAGUCUUUGUUUUUGUUUGUUGCGGUGUUAUGGAAAUAUGUAAAUAAUAGUCUGGUGGAAAUGUUUACAACUCUGAGAGGAACUUUGUGAUGAUUUCUAGCGUUAGUUAAAAUGCUAGUGCUGAAUAAAACUGUUUCUACGUGAGGCUUAAGAUACUUUUAAGGAUCACACGCA